UAAUCCUAAUACCGCCCCCCUUUCUCUUUCUCUUCCCAAUUGGAUCUGCUACUACCACCGGCGAUUUUGAUCCUCAAAUAUCGCCGCCGGAAACCUGGAUUUCCACUGUCAAAGCCUCGGAUCUACUCUGCACUAGUCUUCUCUGGCUUUCGUAGGGGCUGCUGAAUGUCCUGAUUUGAUUCCAACCACAUUUUAUUCUGCUUGAUCAGAUUACUUGUUCAAAGGUGCAAUUUUCUCUUAGCAGAGGGACGUUUAAGCGUGUUAACUUUUGUGGAAACAUUGUCUUUCUCCAUCAUUAGUUGCUCUAGCAAUAAAAAAAACUCAAGAACGCAGAUGGGUGAGAUUGAUGACAUUUCGGAGUCGAAAAGUGUAGUUUUCGUGACUGUUGGAACAACUAGUUUUGAUGCAUUGGUUAGAGCUGUAGACAGUCAGGAGGUCAGGGAAGCUCUGUUUAGAAAGGGCUAUACUGACCUUGUCAUUCAAAUGGGCCGGGGGUCUUACAUCCCGUCAAAGUGCAGUGGAGAAGAUGGGUCCUUAUCUGUGGAUUAUUUUACAUUUUCAUCAAGCAUAGCUGAGUUUUUGAAGUCGGCAUCUCUCGUAAUCAGUCAUGCAGGUUCUGGGAGCAUAUUUGAGACGCUCCAACUGAGGAAACCCCUGAUUGUAGUCGUGAAUGAAGAUUUAAUGGACAAUCACCAGAGUGAGCUUGCUGAAGAACUGGCUGAAAGAAACCAUUUGUUCUGUGCUCGGCCUCAAACUCUUUAUGAGACCAUUUCUGCUAUGGAUCCAAAUUCUCUUGUACCUUAUCAACCUGGUGAUGCUACGCCGGUUGCUAAAUUUAUUAAUAGGUUUUUAGGUUUCGUAGAUGAAUGAUUAUCAGAAACUGCCUAAUAUUGAAGCUGGUUGGCAUAAUAUUUACCGUUAACCAGAAAAAGUGGUACAAUGACUAAUAGUUGUCUGUUAAAUGAUUGUGCAAAUUGAAGAUGUCCCUUUGCUAUU